AUGGAAGUUGACGAUGAGCCGAUAUUUAUGUAUCGGAGCGUAAUCCCUUAUAGCCAGCGUGAAGGUGUAUUAAAAGCCAUUGAGAAAAUGGAGCGUGACGGUGUCAUCACUCGUGUCGCGUCAAAUGUAUGGGCAACACCAAUUGUGGAAGUCAUCAAAAGUGACGGUAAGAUACCACCAAUUGACUAUGUUUAUCGGUUGACCCUGAACUCAAGGUUGAUAAAGUUUGCGGCUACCACUAUGGAACCAGAAGAUUUCAGUUAA